UGGUUUGUUAGUAGUGUAUGUAUGGCGUGUGUAUUGCUUCGGUUCUUCUCAUGCGCUAUUUUCUUCGUCUCCGUCCAACAACAACAUUGAACGGUGGCGGCUUCAUCUGUACGUAAUUUUGGUGGCAACAAUUGAAACCCAUAUCGCGAUUUCGCCCCCAAAAGGCGUGAGUGCUCAGAUCCAUAUCGGCUUCACGUCCAUUCCUAUAGGGAGAAAGAGUGCAACCUUAAUUAUCGUGAGAAACGAGAUGGUGUCGGGACAAGUCGUGAAGGUGAAGAGAAAUACGCUACGAGCAUGCAUGACAUGCCCUCUUUGCAAUAACCUCUUCAAAGAUGCUACCACCAUCUCUCUCUGCCUUCAUACCUAUUCUGACGUUGCUCUUGUUUUAUCUUCAUCUGCAGUUUUGCAGGAAGUGCAUAUAUGAGAAACUCUCGGAUGAGGAGAUGGAUAGCUGCCCAGUGUGCAAUAUUGAUCUUGGCUGCCUUCCGGUGGAAAAACUCAGGCCAGACCAUAAUUUGCAAGAUAUAAGGGCAAAAAUAUUCCCUUUUAAAAGAAAAAAGAUCAAGGCCCAAGAAGUUUUGUCUUCAAUAUCCUUGCCUGCAAAAAGGAAAGAAAGAUCACUUUCAUCAUUGGUUGUAAGUGCUCCCAAGGUUUCAAUGCAACCUGGCUUUACAGGAAAGAGAACAAAAACCAGUACAAGAAAGGCUGCUGCUUUACGUGGAUGCAGCUUUCUACUUGAAGAAUCCAUAAAGAAGGAAGAAACAAAUGGUGAAGAUAAUACGGAUUCUUCCGUGGCUGAGCCUUCUAAGAAGCAUAAGCCCAAUGAAGAUGCAGAGAACAGUGUGGAACAUACAGAAGGGAAGGUUGAUCUCUGGACACCACUAAACUGUCUUGUUGAAGCUGCCAACAGAACAAAGUCCUCCAGGUCAAAUUCACAAGCAACUCCUCUGGCCAAAUUAGAGUCUCCAAUUACUCCUCACGGUGGACAAGAUACGCCUGAAAUUACAACCAGAACAGACCUACCUGCUUCUGUCCAGAGUGAAUUAAACAUUCCUAAAAACAAAAAUAAAGAUACUGGACAUAAAACAAUAUUUGGAGAUGACAAGGAUGGAAACAGCUUGCCAUCAGGACCGGUGAAGAGAAGAAGGUUGCGUCCUGCUGGUCAGAAAAGAGUUGCAGCAUCUGAGAUGUCUGGCUCAUCUCCUGUCCUGCUAGAUGCAACAGGAGGAAAGAGCAACAGAAAAAACAGUCCCAUUUGGUUUUCAUUAGUUGCUUCAGAGGACCAGAAAGGAGAUGUUCCCUUGCCACAAAUCUCAGCAUGUUACUUAAGAAUAAAGGAUGGUACCGUGCCUGUCUCAUUUAUUCAGAAGUACCUAGUGAAGAAACUUAAUCUUGCCAGCGAAGCAGAAGUGAGUAAAUUAUAAUCACUACCUUCUAAGAACUAAGAAACAUAGUACAAGCCUUGUGGACAUUGUCCACCAAGGCUACCAUAAGAAAUUAAUGCAACUAUGAAAGCUAGAGUUUAGGGACUGUCCCAGAUUUUAUUUUUAAAAUUCUGUACUUUUCUAUGUAAUCGAAAGCAGCAAAUAUAACAGAUGCACAACUACUGACUACUGAGUACAGCAAUAGAAUCUCCAUUGCUACACGCCCAUGCACCCACACAAUUUCGUUAUGUAAAGAGAAUGAAAAUAUUGGAAAGGGAAUUCUUCUGAAGUUUCAACACCAAAUCAUCUCGUAGGCUUUAAAAACUGAAUUAACAUUUGAAGGCACUGAAAAUAUACCUUCUUAGUCCUUUCACCUUUGGUCCUGGUUUUACCAAGUGAAAACGCUGCCUCAAUUUCCCAUAUAUACAGCCCUUUUUCUUUUCUAAACGGCUCAAGGAUAUUUCAAUACUAGGGUUGUAUCAGAUAAUUGACCGACUUAUUAUUUGGCAAAUCAGUGUACUAUGUGAAUUUCAAUUACCUCAUGAUUUGCAGGUUAAGAACUUUGAACUGCCAUCAGACUUGAACUUUUUUAUUUGGACAAAUAUUACUAUUACAACAAAUUUUCUUUGCAAAGCAAAAAUAAUAAUUCAAGUCAAACAUAAGCAAAUUGGCUGGUGCAAUAGACUGUUACUGUUUUCUAAUUUGCGCAGGUGGAAAUAAUGUGCCGGGGUCAGCCAGUGCUCCCAUCUCUGCAACUGCAUAACUUAGUAGAUCUAUGGUUCCGGACAGCAUCAACCUCAAAAAAGAUACCAGCGUCUGUGGGGUCCUCAGCCAAGGAUUUUGUGAUGGUUUUGUCCUAUUGUCGAAAGGCCUUGCCUUCUUGAGAAAAUUCCCUAUUCUAUUUAUAUCAUUCUGCCUUCAGAACUUUACAUAUACAUAUUCAACUGUUUUGACUUUUGGUACCAUUCUCGCUGAUAUUGCUGCUUAGGGAAUUGUUCAUGUAGUACCAUGCGAUGAGUUUAUAUGAAUUUGUUUUACUCCUGACUGAAAAUUUGUUCAUCUGUCGUUAUUCUUUGGAUCAUUAAACAUUUAAUAUUUCUUGUUGAU